AUGGACCGCUCAUCAAACGGCGUCGCAACUGUCCAGGUGGCCAAGGCUCGAUACCCCUCUGUAUCGAUCCCGCCAGGACUAAAGGUCAACGGACCCGCCCGUUUGCCGGUGGAAAUCGUCGUCGAAAUCGCCCGGCAUGCUGACGCGGCAUCGCGGCGCGUAUUGUACCGGUCCUCGCGCCUAUUACGCGGCGCGGUCAUGGCACGCCGGUGGUCCCGUAUUACGGUCAACGAGGAGGGCAUGUUCGCCCUCAAGAGCAUGCUCAAGGCGCGAGACCAGCUCGGGUGGACCCGCCUCGGCGUGUCCAUGGUCACCUCGCUCGUUUUCGACAGCCUACUCGAUGCAGAUACACUCACGACCCUGAUGACAAAUCACCAGGAUCUGCUCGCAAACGUGACCCACGUCGUGCUCAACGGGGGUUUCAUCCACCAACUUCGGCUGCGGUCCCUUGCCACCACCGCCGCGGCAAAGAAGGCGUUGAAACAAACAAACGCGCUAUUCGCCCAGCUCCACCCGAAGCACUUUUGCGUGACCCUCUGGGAUAAGACCCAGCCCCUGUCGGACAAACGGGGCGUAGACGGUAUGUACAUCGAGGUCCUUGGCAAGGUCAUGCAAGGGUGGAAGCUCGAUAGCAUCACUUUCCACGGGAUCUACCGCCACUACCCACUCGACUCCCUCCCUCCUGUCGCCCGCUACUUCUUCAACACCUCGGCGGCCUCGGAGGACAUGUGGAAGAGCCCGGAUGGGGAAGUGCGGGUGCUUCCCAUUCCUCGAGGAAAGGGCGGAGACGCGGAGACGCGUCGGGACGGCUUUUUGGUGGAGAUGAUGAAUAUCAAGGGACCGGCGAGGGUGGAGGGUAUGGCGGGCAAACCGGUCGAGCUGGAGGUGAAGGGGUCUGAUGGGAAGAGUGUGGGUGGGGAGGCUGGCAGUAGCGGCGAGGCAGCCGGCGCAGGGGUCGAGGGGAUGGUCUACCGCGCAGGGGGAGGUGGAGUGGAGUAUGCGGGCAAGCUGGGGGAGAGGUAUAGACACUGGUCUGAAUGCGGAGGCGCGGAUUGCGUAUGCUGCGAUAAGCAUUAG